CAGAUAUUUAAACCCCUGGUGUAGGCCUGGACGAGGCAUCAUUCCUUGCUCAACUGGCCUGAAAAGUUGAUCAGAAAAAAAAACAGUUUCGGUAAAGAACGACUUUUUUGACCGAGUGUCUUUCGAGAGUUUAAGCAAGAUGAAAUACGCAUUGGUCUUUUUCCUGAUCGCGGCCAUCGUGGCCAUCGUCGUCGCCCAAAGUGACGACUCUGACCUCGGUGCUGGUUCAUCAGGUGCCCUGGAUGACCUGGUCGGGUCAGAGUACAGAAGACGAGGAGGUUACGGAGGUUAUGGCUACGGCCGCGGUCGUGGCGGCUACGGGUACGGCGGAGGUUACAGACGAGGUGGUUACGGAGGCGGUUACGGAGGCGGCUAUCGUCGUGGCGGAUACGGACGCGGAUAUGGCGGCUACUACGGUUGAAGAGCAUCAAUGAAUCCGCAAAAAAAUUAAAUAAAAUCAUUGAACCCUUCUCCAAGCGAAGAAAAGUGAAUCUCAACCUGAAAACCUCUAUUCUUGAUUCCGUCCGGGCAAAAAAAUCUGAGAAAAUAUUUUUCAUCUCGCCAAAGACGUAGUUUGAUGUUGUUUGCACUAGCCUCUCAAACCAAAAAAAGGAAAAGAAAAAGUGCUUUUCGUGUUUGUAUUGUCCAGAGAAAGGACCCUGCUUUAAGGAAUGGGUCCAUGGGAACUUCGUUGCGAUAAGAAAGAAAAAACUUCAAGAAUCGGCACUGAAUUUUACACGGUGUGGGGUUUGUCUGGGUCGUGUUCUUGUUCGCUACCGCUGUUGUAUUUUGUCGGGCAUGUCGUCGAGUAUUCUUUUGUGCUGAAAACGUACAAGAAUAAAGUUUCCGAAAAGUGUAACAUUUCUAAAAAA